GGCUGAGGGCGCUCGGGCGCCUUGGAGCUGAGGGGCCUCCGGUUCGAGCCGCGCACCGGGCGAUCGCUCCCAGCGCCCGGCUCCGGGCGGCAGCCGCCGUCCUUCCCGUGCCCCUCAGUGGGCGUCCUGUCCUGCUCCGCCCCGCCCCGCCUCGCCCUGCCCGCCCCCGCCAUGCUUCCGUGGCUGGUGCCCCCGUGAGAGGCGAGCGGCGUUGCCGGCGGCCAUGCAGGUCCUGGCAGGCUGGGCCGUGCUGGUGGCACUAGGCGAGUGGCUGUGGGCCGGUGGGGAGGUGCCGCUGGGGGACUUCUACCCCUUCGGGCCGGCCCAGGGCGACGCCGCCACGCGGAAGCAGGACGACGGUGGCUCCGAGCUCCGGCCCCUCUCCAUCCCCUUCCCCUUCUUUGGUGCGGGGCACACCGGCCUCUAUGUAAACAACAAUGGGAUUAUCUCGUUCCUGAAGGAGGUCUCCCAGUUCACGCCAGUGGCCUUCCCCAUCUCCAAGGACCGGCGCGUGGUUGCUGCUUUCUGGGCAGAUGUGGAUAAUCGGAGGGCAGGCGAAAUAUAUUACCGAGAGAGUACCGAGCAGCCCAUCUUGGAGAGAGCAAGCAGGGACAUUGCCCAGUAUUUCCCUGAGUUCCCAGGGUUUUCUGCACAGUGGGUCUUCAUUGCAACCUGGUACCGUGUCACCUUCUUCGGGGGCAGCUCAUUUUCACCAGUAAACACAUUCCAGAUUGUCCUCAUCACGGAUGGCAAGCUUUCCUUCACCAUCUUUAACUAUGAGUCCAUCACCUGGACCACGGGUAUGCACGCCAGCAGUGGGGGGGACUUUGCUGGGCUCGGUGGCAUCGCGGCACAGGCAGGUUUUAACGCUGGUGAUGGAAAGCGCUACUUCAACAUCCCCGGAUCCCGCACCGAUGACAUCGCUGACGUGGAGAUGACGACAAAUGUGGGUAUCCCCGGGCGCUGGGUGUUCAGAAUCGAUGAUGCCCAGGUGCAAGUGGGGGGCUGCAGCAAUACAACCUCUGUCUGCCUGACACUGCGGCCCUGCCUGAACGGGGGGAAGUGUAUUGAGGACUGCAUUACGGGGAACCCCUCCUACACCUGCUCCUGCCUGGCCGGUUUUACUGGGAAGAGGUGCCAUGUUGAUGUGGAUGAGUGCCUCUCCCACCCAUGUCAGAAUGGAGCCACCUGCCUCAAUGGUGCCAGCAGGUUCACCUGCAGAUGCCCACCAGGCUUCAGAGGCAGCAACUGUGAGAUUGCAGAAUCACCAUGUGAGAACAGGGUGUGCCAGAAUGGUGGGAGUUGCCAGGUGGUGAACAGGACAGCAGCAUGCUUGUGCCAGUCAGGGUACACAGGGGUGGACUGCCAAACAGAGGUGAACGAAUGUGAGUCCAGCCCAUGCCUGAAUGGCGGGCACUGCAUUGACCUGGUCGAUAACUACACCUGUGUGUGCCUGGAGCCCUUUGAGGGACAGCGCUGUGAGACAGAUUCAUCUUCCUGUGAGGACCGGAAUUGCCAGAACCGGCAGACGUGCAACUACAUCCGCCCUGGCCGCUAUAUCUGCACCUGCUCCCCGGGUUAUUAUGGCAACAACUGCCAGUACGGUGGGCCCCGUGUGCCCGGCGCCUGCCUCUCCCACCCGUGCCAGAACGCAGGCAUCUGUCUGGAGACUGAGCGGGGCUAUGUCUGUGAGUGCCAGGAGGGCUACACUGGACAGGACUGUCAAGACCAGCUCUCUGAAGGCUGUGAGUGUCGUAAUGGGGGAAGUUGUCUGGAGGGGAAUGUUACUGUCUGCCAGUGCCUUCCUGGGUUCUUUGGUCUCCUCUGUGAAUUUGAAGUCACCACGACACCGUGCAACAUGAACACGCAGUGCCCGGACGGUGGGUACUGCAUGGAGUAUGGCGGGAGCUACCUCUGUGUCUGCCACACCAACUACGGCACCAACCACACGAUGCCAUCCCCCUGCGACUCGGAGCCCUGCUUGAAUGGGGGGUCCUGCAAGGUUCACGAUGACUCGUACGUCUGCGAGUGUCCUCAAGGCUUCCUUGGCAUGCACUGCGAGAAAGCCAAGCCUCGGCUCUGCAGCACUGGGCCCUGCCGCAACGGGGGCACCUGCAGGGAGGCGGAUGGCGAGUACCACUGCACCUGCCCCUACCGCUUCACCGGCAAGCACUGCGAGAUCGGUAAGCCGGACCCCUGUGCCUCGGGGCCCUGCCAGAAUGGAGGCACCUGUUUCCACUACAUCGGCAAGUACAAGUGUGACUGUCCUCCAGGCUACACUGGCCGGCACUGCGAGAUUGUGCCCUCCCCUUGCUUUCUUAGCCCCUGUGAGAAUGGGGCUACCUGCGAGGACCUCAGCGGGGGCUAUGCUUGCACCUGCUCCUCGGGCUAUGUAGGGAAGCACUGCCAGUUUGAGGUCGACUGUGGCAUCCCCAGUGAGGUGAAGCAUGCGCAGGCUUCUUUCAACUCCACCAAGGUGGGCUCACUGGCUGAAUACCAGUGUGAACUGGGCUACAUCCUCAGCCAGCACAACCAUCCCCGUGUCUGCCGCGUGCCAGGUGUCUGGAGUGACCCCCCCGAAUGUGAUGAGAUUGAUGAGUGCCAGUCGCAGCCCUGCCUGAAUGGUGGCCAGUGCAAGGAUCGUGUCUCUGCCUUCCUGUGCUUGUGUGAGCCAGGUUACACCGGCUACCACUGCGAGUUGGAUGUUGACGAGUGCCAGUCAGAGCCCUGCAAGAACAGCGGGACCUGCCAAGACCUCCCCGGGUCCUUUGCUUGCUACUGUCCCGAGGGCUUCCUGGGGACCCAGUGUGAGACAGAAGUGGAUGCCUGCGAGUCAGACCCUUGCCGAAAUGGAGGGGAGUGUGAGAGCUACGGGGGCUCCUACCUCUGUGUGUGCCCAGAGGGUUUCUUCGGCUACCACUGUGAGACAGCCAGUGACCCGUGCUUCUCCAGCCCCUGUGGGAGCAGAGGCUACUGCCUGCCCAGCAAUGGCACCCACAGCUGCACCUGCAAAGUCAGCUACACAGGCAAGAACUGCGAAAAAGAAUUGCUGCCACCAACCUCAUUAAAGGUGGAAAGGGUGGAGGACACUGGUGUGUUGAUUUCUUGGCACCCACCUGAGGACGCAGCUGCCAGGCAACUCAUUGACGGCUACGCCGUGACGUACGUAUCCCUCGACGGCUCUUACCGCAGGACAGAUUUUGUGGACCGAAGUCGUUCUGCCCACCAAUUGCGGGCACUAACCUCCGGCAGAGCCUACAAUAUUUCUGUCUUUUCAGUCAAACGCAACGUGAACAACAAGAAUGAUAUCAGCAGGCCCGUCAUGCUCACCACGCGCACUAGACCGCGUCCGGUGGAAGGCUUUGAGAUCACAAAUGUGACUGCCAGUGCCAUCACGGUGCAAUGGGCUCUCCACCAGCUCCAGCAUUCCACUGUCAGUAGGGUGAGGGUCUCCAUCCGCCAGAUGGGGGACCUGGCAGGCCGCACCGUGGAGCUGAACAGCAGCGUGGCCAAGUACACCUUCCUGGACCUGCAGCCAGGAGAGAGAUAUAUCAUCCAUGUCACAACGCUGAGCGGCCUGGGAGUGGAAGACCACCCCUCAGAGAGCCUGGCCACAGCCCCUUUUCAUGUGUGGACAAGGCCUCUCCCCCCACAAAACCUCACUGCCUCCCGUGUCACCGCCACCUCUGUGUCCAUGGCGUGGGAGCAGCCGCCCAUUGGCACUAUGGAGGGGUACAUCAUCAAUGUCACCACUGCUCAGAGCGUCAAGAGCCGCUACGUGCCUAACGGGAAACUCGUGUCCUACACGGUGCGGGACCUGCUGCCUGGGCAGCGGUACCAGCUGUCCUUGACAGCUGUGCAGAACACAGAGCAAGGCCAGGUGCACAGCGAGCCCAUCCACCUCUACAUCAGCACCUUGCAGAGGGAUGGGGCUCCAGACAGACGGUGGAGCCAAGCUGGGCACCCCCGGGUUCUUCGAAACAGGCUGCCCCCAGCUUUCCUGCCUGAGCUCCGCCUGCUGGCAGAUCAUGACACAGCUGAGGAGCCCUCGCCAGCCCCCAGGUUCACAGAGCUGGUGGAUGGCAGAGGGAGGAUCAGCGCCAGGUUUGGCACUGCACCUGGAAAAUCCCUCACUGUGAAGACACAGACAGAGGCUCCAGUGAAGCUGGAGAACACAGAGGUGUCCAGCUGGGACAGUCUGGCACUGCAGCUGCAUGAGGCAAAGAGCAAGAGAGAGGGGCAGAGCUGCUCCAAGAACCCCUGCAGGAAUGGAGGCACCUGUACCAGAGAUGACGAGUCCUUCCACUGUGCCUGUCGCCCGGGGUUCAAGGGCCGGGUCUGCCAGCUGGCCUGCAAGAAGGUGCCACACUCGUGCACACGGCUGUACUCGGAAACCAGGUCAUUCCCAGUGUGGGAAGGAGGCACCUGCCACUAUCUGUUCAGGAGAGUAUACAAGGUACACCAGGACAUCUGCUACAAGGAGAGCUGUGAGAGCACCAGUUCCAAGAGGACGAGCAGCAGAAAGCCAAGCAACAGUCACACACUGAAGAAGCCAUAGAAGGUUUAAAGCAGUAGAAGCUUCAUCUUUCCACAUCUAAGGGUUUUUUGAACACCAGGAAGAUCAGAUCUGCUCACUGGUUGAACACAGCAGGGGAGCCUUCCUGCCUGGUGUCAACCUCUCCCUCUCCUCCAGCCCAUUAGGGACACGCAGCUGGAUCAGCAUACUGAGUAGUGCUCCCUUUCCCCCCACUGGCCCAGCACUGCCUUUGCUGGCCCCCUCUCUCCCCUGAGGAGCUGAGCACCAGUGCCCCUUGAGGGGGCCACCCCUGCUCAGCACCCCCAGCCACUCUGCACAAGCAAUGGGCUCCCUGCUUCACUCGGGGAUCAGCCCAGCUCCUUGACAACAGCAUCUGCACCAAUCUAUUUUCGUAAUCCAAGGUUAUAAAUUGCCUAUAACCCUCAAAUAAAACACUUUAAUGCAGACCAAAA